CUAGACGAAGCCAACGGCUUCUCUGUCGAAUAUCACAACUGGUAUAAGAUUGUUACGAACCACCGAGUAAACGAACAAUAUGCCCUUGUUUGCUGUGGUCAACCUACAACCAAUUUCACUCAAUAUCAGGCGGCAGUGAACACGCCAGUGACCAGCGUUGGUGUUACCACUGUGCGCGAUGUUCUGCCGUAUAUGGAGCUUCUUGGAUUGAGUGAUCGUGUUCAGUCGAUCGAAGGAUAUCAGAAUGUUACCUCACCUUGCUAUGGCGAUGUUACAGACACUCCUGGUAACGGCACGGUCGAUAUCGUCUUUACGGAUCACAGCAUCUCCAACAUGCCCGAUACACACUACAUUGGAUUUUCACCCGAUAAUGAAGAGCUGACGCCACUUCAGGAAAUGAAACCAUGCAUCAAUAUGCUCAUUCUUUGCGUGGAACCUAUUAUCUGUUCCAAACUGGUGGAACCGAAUACCGCACAGUCCACUGUGUACACACAAAUAAACGAAUUCCACACUGCUAUUCGAUAUGCCGAUUUCGCCAUUGAUGUCACACCGCUGAGCAAUCUUGGUAAUCAAUCGUACGAGGAUUGGUUAUCCCUGGGUGGCUUCACUACAGAUCUUGAUAUCUAUUCAGAGGCUUUCAUUGAUGACAAAAAUGUGUUCCGUACGGAUGGUCUUGUCAAUAGCAACGGUUACUCAGAUUGGUCGCAACGCUCGCCUGCCCGGCCGGAUCUGGCACUUCGAGAUAUAAUCCAUAUGAUGUAUCCAACAUACCAAGCCAACUACAGCUCCACUUGGCUGCGAAACUUUGCAAAACAAGACAGACCUCGACAAAUUGCCGAUAUCAGCUAUGCAUGCGAUGCAACUGAUAUAAUCAGCGAGUUACAAUGCGCUCCCGAAAAGUUUGGUGUAAAUCAACGACAAGACAGUGGGGAUGGUGGUCAUGCCCAUACCCUUAGUGCUGGUGGUAAGGCUGGUAUUUCCGUAGGCGUCAUUGUGGCUGCAGUUCUUGCAGGACUUGCUGCGUUCUUCCUUUGGCGCCGCCACCGACAAGUGAAAGCAAGUCGAACGUUCUAUCGUAUGAACGACGUUAAUCAUUCUAAUCCAUAA